UUCGCUGCGGGGCAGUCGCAUAUUGACGCGGACUUUUGAGCCAAGCACCUGCCAAACGACAUCGAUAUUUGGAAUCAUUUCCACCACGGCACCAUAAAAGCAAUGUCUUUAGCCUUCGUCCAACCACCACAGAAGAAGGGACCACCCCCAAAUCAAGCAUCAAUCCAAAAGAUGCUUGAUGAAAAUAAUCAGCUGAUACAGACCAUUGUGGAUUAUCAAACAAAGGGAAAGACAUCAGAAUGUGUGCAAUAUCAGCAUAUGUUGCACAGGAAUUUGGUUUACCUAGCUACCUUGGCAGACUCAAAUCAGAAUCUCUCAAAUCAACUUUUGCCUGCCUUAGGACAAUCUGGGCAAGGAAACAUGGCCCCUCAGCAGCCAAACCCUCAGAUGAAUCAGAUGAGGCCUCCCGGGAAUAUGCCAAACCAGAUGCCUCCAGGUGGAGCUCAAGGAUCUGUCAAUCAUUACAUGGGCGGAAAUGCCAUGUCUCCGCCCAACAGUAUGUACUCUCAGCAAGGUCCUGUGGGACCCCCAGGGCAGUCUAGCUCAGGGGGCUUCCCACAGGGGCCAAUGCAGCCACAGAUGAACCAGUCAAACAUGGUGGCCCCCGGGAGCUUCAGUCAAGGACAACAGAAUUUCAACAUGCAACAUGGUAACUUUGGAAAUCAGCAAAGCAGUCAUCCAAUGAUGCCUCAACAACAGCCAGGAAUGUCACAGCAACAGCCAAUGAUGUCACAAGGUCAACAGCCAAUGAUGUCGCAGAGCCAGCAACAACCGAUGAUGUCACAAAAUCAACAACCAAUGAUGUCCCAGACCCAGCAACAGCCACCAAUGGGUACCCAGAAUCAACAACAGCCAAUGGGAUCCCAGAACCAGCAACAGCCAAUGAUGUCACAGAAUCAGCAGCCAAUGAUGUCACAGAAUCAGCAACCAGUUGGAACACAGAGCCAGCCACAAGCCAUGAUGUCACAAAAUCAGCAACAGCCAAUGAUGCCUAAUCAAGGGAUGAUGUCUACUGGGAACAGAAUGGCUAACCAAGGAGGUCAAAUGAUGAAUCAGCAAAUGCCCAUGCAGGGAGGAUACAAUCGCCAGCGCCCACAGCAAGGCCAGUAUCCCCAGAAUUACCAAGGCCAGCCUCCAUACAACAGUCAGUCACAGUACCAGCAAGGUCAAGGCCAACAGAACUUCCCCCAAGGCCAUGGGUACAAUCAAAACAUGCAACAGAAUCAGUAUGGAGGGUACCAAGGUCAAAACACACCUCAAAGAUAUAGCCCAUUCAGAGGUCAAAUAAACCAAGGUCAAAUGCCUAAUCAAAUGCCUGGUCAAGGACAGAUGCCAAACCAAAGCCAAAUGGGUGGGCCAGGUCCAAUGCCACCUCAACAAAAUGCCAUUGGAAACCAGGGUCAAAUGCCCAACCAGGGAGGUCAAACAUCCAUACCAGGGCCUGGGGGAAUGCCAAAUCAAGGUCAGGGUCCAAUACAGUCCCAAGGGCCCCCUGGUCAGUCUCCAAUGGCUAAUCCUGGACAGCAGGGAGGCCCUAUGCCCGGGCAAAGCCCAGGGGCUCCAAUGCAGGGACAAGGACAGAUGAACAACUACGGAUAUCAACAAAAUCAAUAUUAACUUUAGUUAGAGAAAAUGGAUAACAAAAUUAUUUUUUCUUUUUGUUUUUCAAUGAUGUUUUCUAUUUUGAAUAGAGUUGUUUCUGUUGAGCAGCUAUAAAAAAAAUCAAUACAACAAAUAUUAAGAAUAUAUUUUACUCACUUUUUUAGGAACAAAGAUCUCAUUUACAUUGUAUAUCUUGUUUGAAUAUUUGUCCACAUGUGUACAUUACCGGUAUUCCACAUAUUUUGUGCUAUUUGGCUUUCAUGUGCGUAUUGUAUUUUCAAACAAGUGUACUACAAAUAAUUUUGUAGGUCAACAUCCAUUUUUCCAUUAUUAGCAACUUAGGUAGCUUUUGUACUUUCAAACAUGAAAUCCUUAGUAUGCAUUUCAUUGUUUGAGGCCUGAAAAUUAAGAAAGCUUAUAGAAUCGGUUUACUGUUAAUCAAUUGGUGCUAUACAAUUUUGUUCCUUUUUGCAUACAUGUACUAUCAAAACAUUACCAAAAAAUUGUUACUUUUCAUCAGUCAAGAUUUUUCAUAAAUCUGUUGAAUGCAACAGUUUUAUUCAUUUACAUCCAUGAUAAAAACAAUGCCUAAAAUUUUGAAAAGCAUGUUGUAUGUUAUAUAAAAAGCUUUCACAAACAUGCUUCAAGAAUCUCUCCACUUGGUACACUUGCUUAAUAAUCAAUAUGCCAUUAGAACAAUGCUAUAGCAGAGAAGUAAACUGAAGGUGUUUGUUUUGUAUUUUUUUUUUUCAUUUUGUGAAAUUUAAAUACUGUUUAUGUUUUUAAUGUAAUCAGAUUUUGCUUUGGUAGAGGUGCUUUUAGUUAACCUGAAUCUUGGUGUAAUCCCCAGAGAAUCUCAUUGUAACUUACUUUAAAAUCCUUGCAUCAUAUUGAUGUAAAACUGAACAGGAUUAAUUAUGAUUCAAACUGAAUCGAUGUUUUCUUCAUGUACAUUGCUGAGGCGUUUUGAAUGGAUUCUUGUGUGACAAGUGUUAAAUCUAUUUAAAAGAAGUGGACAAUUUAGAAAUAUGUAGUGUUAGUUCUAUAUAAAUGAGAGAAAAGUAUGGUACAAGAUGAUAGUGUUAUAUUAAAAUAGACAUAUUCAUUUAUAUAUAUAUACAUGUAUGUAAUUAGUCAGUAGGUUACGCAAGUUUUUCCUUUCAUAUGUGUGUGAGUGUGUGUAAAAUAUCAGUCGUCCAAAUGUUUAUUUUAAAGGAUAUAGUUUAUACAUGUACAGGUAUGAAACUGAAAGCAUGCUUCAACAAAGUUGCAAGACAGGCUCAGUGGAUGUUCGAUUUUGUUUCCAUGGUUCUUAAACGGUUUCCUUUUUUGGACCAAAGCAGCUUUAAUGUUGCAUUGAAGAGUAUUAUACAGCACAAAAAUUGAUCAUGAUAUAUAGGUCUCCAGUCAAGUAUUUUUCCAAAAUGACUGAAUACCAUAUCUUGAAAUGAUGAAGAUAUCUUGCUUGUAAAUCAAGUGAUCUGAAUGCAGAGUGUAGCUCUGAACUUUGAUUCUUUGAAUUCUGAUUUUGGAUGAGUACUCAAGUUGUAUAAUACAUUUGUUAGAUCUAUUGGUUCAUGCUUUGAUUUUUGCAUUGGUGGUGGUCAUUUUUAAAAAGAUCCUUGAGAAUGGCACACGUUUUCUCAAUAUUUUAAUUUUCUAAGCAUUUCAAAAGGAUGACUUGCAUCAAUAUAUCUGGUAUACAAGAUUUGCAGUCCUGUACUACAAAUAGAGAGGUUGUUCAGUGAUCUAUGAUUAAAUUUAUUCACAUGUACCUUCAUAAUAGGAUUUUAAUGAAGUUUGUUUUCAUCCAGAUUUGUCAUUAAAAAAUGAUUCCAUACAGGUUUAGAAAUUUUAUGUAGUAUUUAUCAAUUUAUUUACAUAUAUAUUUACUUUACAAGAAACCUAAGUUUUUAAAAAUUGUUAAAACUUAUUUGUGUAAAUGAUGUUGCUGUCAAUAUUUUUUAUACAUAUGACAUCGAAGUGUAUUGAUCAAAAUUUACUGUAUCAAUGAGAACUUUAAGCUUUAUGUAAACUGUGAAAAAAAUAUGUGCCAAGGCUGAAGGGAGAGUGGACGUGUUAAUAUUUUGUGUUGCAAAGUAGAGCUUUGCUGAAAUAGCCUAGCACUGGCUGUGGUUGAGUGCAAGUACAUGUAACUAGAAUGUAUAUUAUACUUAUUACUGUGUUGUUACCAGAAGUUUGUACAGUAUCGAUAAAAAGAAAAUAAAUUUGUGGUAGACUUA